AUGGCACGAUUAUGUCAUUUUCAUGUCCGUGAACUUCACACAUCCUCGAUGAAUCCAGUGCUGCUUGCAGCCACUUGUGUAUGGAUCGCACAAGCUGUUACCGAGCACCACCAGGUGUCCCUGCACGCGAGCAUUGAUGCACAUGGAAACAUGCACAAGGAAAACUCUCGCAUGAUGCGACGAGAGGCAAAUGACAACCUCUUAGAGGAUGCUGGCCAAGACCUGGGCAACGUCGAAAUCCACAGUGAUGAGGAAGAGGAUGCGUCCAUGGAGGACGUGUUUGGGGAUGUCAGCGGUGACGAUCUGGCGGAGAGCGAGGUCAAUGCCACGUUUCCUUAUUACAGGUUCACUCUCCUCGCCACACGCGAGCAGGGCUUCACCGGCGAUUUUGCUGAGUUCGCACUCUUCGAUCCGAAAAACCAGCGGAUCGACUUGUCUCCUGGAGGACCCGCUGUUCUGAGCGCAACGCUGGUAGAUGACAUGAACCAGACGAUUACCGGCAGCUGGGAUCCCAAGUACGCUCUGGACGGCGACCUGCAAACCAAAUUGAUGCUGCACGUGGGCUAUUCGUUAGAGCUGCGCGUUCAGUAUGGGGUAGUCGUCGGCAGCGCCGGCUUUGUAACCUCGAAUGCGGCCCCGGAGCGGGAUCCGGCAUCGUUCAAAGUCUUCGGAAAGGCUUACUCGGGUCCAUGGAACGUGCUCGUGAGUCUGGUGGGCUUCGAAGCCCCACAAGACCGGGGAGUAAUGGUUGGCCCAUUUCUGUGCAGUUCCAUGGGUGGUCGCCAAGCCGCUCCGCCGCUGGAUGGGCUGCCGAGCUGGAGGAAGGUCGACGGAUGGUCGACCACUUCAACGACGGAGUCUGAAACGACCACACCACGCCCUCCAGAAACAACUUCGACACUGCCGAAGACAACUCCCAAGCCUGAGCCGACAACAACGGAAGCUCCAGAGACUACGAAGGCACCUCCCACAACCACCACCACCACGAAAAGCACAACUCCCGAGACGACAGCAACAUUACCCAUCACGACGACAAGACGCACCACGUCAAGCAAAGCAUCGACGACAACGACAACUGCAUCAACCACGGAAUCCACGACUACCGUGCCGCCGACCACCACAGAGACAAAGACAAGCACCUCAACAACAACCACCGUGACAACUACCACCGUCACAACUACGGUUUUGACUCCUGAACUCGUUGGAAGCCAAGCAGCAUCAGAGGCAAGAGCCACAGGCUUGCCUGUCGACGAGCAGGCUGCAGCUGCGGCAAAGGCCGCUGUGGACUUCGCCAGGGAGCGGCAAUACACUUUGCAGCAGCAACUUGAAGUCGCUGGUGCCGUGGCCGCGGCGGCCGUGGCGAGCAGCGGUGGGAGCACGGAGGAGCAAGCUGCCGCAGCAGGCAUCGAGAGUGCCAAAGUUGGAAGUGGCGAUGGCCAAAGCCUGGAGCAACAGGCUUCUUUUGCGGGCCAGGCCGCAGCAGAAGUCGUCAAAAAAGCUCGCGGCUCAGAUGCUGCCCAAGCCGCGGCUGCAGGACAGGCUGCUGCGGCAGUCGCUCGAAGCCAAAACGAAGGCACCGAGAAGCAAGCUGCUCUGGCUGGCCAGGCAGCAGCAGAUGCGGGCAGGUUGGCUGGCAUGACUCCCGAGGAGCAAACUGCUGCAGCUGGCAGGGCAUCGGCCCUGGCGGCAAAAGCAGAGGGCGCGUCUCCCACCGACGUCGGGUUGGACGCCGGCGAGGUGGCAGCCAAAGAAGCUGCAGAGUCCGGCGAGGGUGUUGGUGAGCAGAUCCAGGCAGCAUCACUCGCAGCUGCAGAGGCAGCCAAGUUGGCAGGCGGAUCGGCUUACGAGCAAGCUGCCAGUGCGGGCCUAGCUGCCGCAGAAGCCGCCAGAACGCAGAUCCCGGAGCUGCAAGCCGCAGCUGCAGGCAAGGCCACUGCGGAUGCCGCCAGGGCUGCAGGGAUAUCAGGCGCUGAGCAGGCAAAGCUGGCGGGAGAGUUGGCCUUCAACGUGUCCGCAGUAGCUGGUUUGAAGUUGGAGAAGCAGAUUUGGGCGGCUGGAACAGCUGCAGAGGAAGCUGCCAAAGCAGCUGGCAUGACAGCAGAGGAACAAGCCGCCGCCAAGAGUGCGGCGAGGGCUGCAGCAAAUCCGACGGCGUCUGCUCAGACGACCACAAAGGCGCCAUCUGCAGUCACAAAAGCAGCAAGUCCAGCCCAAAAAUCUCCGCCAGAGAAAGAACGAGAUCCGUUGGAUGCUGGCAAGGAGGCCGCGGAGCAGGCCCAGGCUGCCGGCAAACCCAUGCAGGAGCAGGCGGCAAAGGCAGGGGAGGCUGCCGCGACGUUUGCGAAGGAUCAGCAGUAUACUCCGGCCGAGCAAGUGGAACUAGCUGGUCAGGCAGCGGCCGCAGCAGCGAAAAUUGCGGGUGCGUCCAUGUCCAAGCAAGCAGAAGCUGCCGGCAUCGCUGCAUCGAAAGUCGCUGCUUUGGAUGGGCAAAGCUUGGAGCAGCAGGCUGCAGCCGCUGGCCAAGCUGGGGCAUCCGCCGCGAAGUCCAACGGCGCCUCGGCCUCUGGCCAAGCCGCGGCUGCUGGAGAGGCCGCUGCAGCAGUGGCACGCAUGAACAACGAAGGGUCUGACAAGCAAGCAGAACUGGCAGGGGACGCCGCUGCAGAUAUCGCGCAGACCUUGGGAAUGACUUCAGAAGAACAGACAGCUGCUGCAGGAAAUGCGUCAGCCAGGGCCCUCAAAGCAGAGGGCGCGUCUCCCACGGAUGUUGGGGUAGACGCCGGCGAGGUGGCAGCCAAAGAAGCUGCAGAGUCGGGCAAAGGCGUUGGUGAGCAGAUCCAGGCAGCAUCACAGGCAGCUGCAGAGGCAGCCAAGUUAGCAGGCGGAUCGGCCUACGAGCAAGCUGUCAGUGCUGGCGAAGCUGCCGCAGAAGCCGCCAGAACGCAGAUCCCGGAGCUGCAAGCCGCAGCUGCAGGCAAGGCUGCUGCGGAUGCCGCCGGGGCUGCCGGAAUGUCAGGAGCUAAGCAGGCAGUUCUGGCGGGAAAGUCAGCCUUCAAAGCAGCAGGUCUUGCUGGGAUGACGUCAGACAAGCAGAUCUUGUCAGCUGGCAAAGCUGCGGAGGAAGCUGCCAAAGCAGCUAAUUUGACCGCGGAGCAGCAGGAAUCAGCUAAGGCUGCGGCCAUGGCCGCUGUUAGCCCCACCACCUCGACACAGAAGCCGUCGACGACACAGAUGUCCACCACAAGCUUGACUACGGAGAGCACAACUACGGUGUCAAGAAUUACUCCGGAGGAUGCUGGCAAAGAAGCUGCCGCAGAAGCGAGCGCCUUGGACAAACCCAUGGAGGAGCAGGCUGCUGCUGCUGCACGUGCUGCGGCAAGUGCUGCCAGUGAGCUGCAAUACACUCCCCGCGAACAGGGCGAGGAGGCUGCCAAGGCCGCAGCAGCGGUUGCCAAGGCCAAUGGGGCCUCCGUGGCCAAGCAGGCUGCAGUGGCAGGGGCGGCAACUGCCAAAGUGUCAAGCGAUCAGGGCCAGGCGGUGGAACAACAGGCCUCAGACGCCGGACAAUCUGCAGCAGAAACUGCGAAGUCCGCAGGGGCGGCCGCCUACGAGCAAGCGGCAGCAGCAGGCCAGGCCGCGGCAGCAGCGGCCCAGGCCCAGAGUGAGGGCUCCGAGAAGCAAUCGGAGUUGGCAGGCGAGGCGGCAGCUUCAGCCGCAAAGCUGGCGAACAUGUCCGCUGAGGAGCAAGCCGAAGCUGCAGGGAACGCCUCGGCCAUGGCUGCAAAAUCCAAUGGUGCAACUUCCGUGGAGGUUGGUGUGGACGCCGGGGAAGUGGCCGCCAAAGAGGCUAAGGAGGCCAAGGAGACGGUGGCGGAGCAGAUCGAGGCAGCAGCCGAGGCAGCAGCAGAUGCAGCCAAAGCCACAGGCGCUCAAACCGCUGAGCAAGCAGCAAGUGCCGGCCAGGCAGCGGCCGAAGCGGCCAAGGAGGCCAAUCAGAUCCCAGAGCAACAGGCGGCCGCAGCUGGCAAAGCUGCAGCAGAAGUGGCGAGGGAUGCCGGCAUGUCUGUGGAUGAGCAGGCCGUGGUCGCGGGCACAGCGGCGCUGAAUGCCUCCGCUGCUGCUGGCCUCAACUACAAGGACAAGCUGCGAGCGGCCGGCAAAGCGGCUGCGGUUGCGGCCGAGGCGGCAGGUGCCAACGAGGAGAAACAAUCUGACUUGAAGGUCGAGGUUAUCGCAGAGGCCGCUCGCUUGGUCUCGAAGUCGGCUGGAGGCUCCGCAAAGCAGCAGGCCGCCAGCGCAGGAAUGGCGGCCGCGGGCGCUGCCAAGGACCUGAAUGCCAGCACCGUCCAGCAAGCGGCCAUUGCCGGCAAAGCAGCAGCAGAGGCCGCGAUGGCUGCCGGCGCUGCGGUUGAGGAGGUGGCUGCUUUUGCCGGCCGUGCAGCACAAAAUGCCUCGGCAAGAGCCGGAGAAAGCAGUGAUCGGCAGAUCAAAGCAGCCGAGGACGCAGCGGUGGCGGGCUGCAAAUCUGCUGGCGGCAAAGCCGCCGACGUUCGUGCAGCUCGAGAGGCUGCAGUCGCUGCCGCGAAGGAUGCCAUCUCCGCUAGUGCGCCGAAAAAGAUCACAAAUGCCACCGCCGGCAAAGAGGCGACCACGACCGCGGCUCCUGCCAAGAAUGCGACGAGCCGAGAAUCGGCCAGUACCACCAAGGCAGAGGAGGAAGAUGAAGAAGAGGACGAAGAAGAAGACGAGACUACGCAGAAGGCCACCUCGACCUCGACGACGAAGGCAUCUGAGGAUGACGGGGACGCAGCAACGACGACAAAGGCGCCGGGCAACGAGGCCGACGAAGACGAAGAUGAAGUGACAACCACGCUUGCAGCUUUUCGCAACAGCCAAGGAACAAAGCUACCACAAGCAAGACCACCGCAGAGGCCACAACGACUGCCGAGGCACGGCACGCCGAUGCUGUUCCAAGUAUCUGCCAUCCGACGACUGCGAUCCCAUAGCACAGACUUGAUCGUCACAGGAGUGAAAGGACCAAGACAGUCAAUCCGCCUCCAGGCCAUGUGGGAUUCUAGAUUCGAGGCUCUCUGUGCUUCCAAAUUUUCUUUGUCCUCACUCUGCAAGGAAGCUCCUCUUGGCAAGCCGACCGGCAUGGCGGUUGGGGGCACGGCCCUGCAACGGUCUCCCUGGGUAGCAGAAUGGGGCUGA